AUUUGUAUAUCAAUUUCAUUGGAAACGAAGUAACAAAUUUAAGAGGUUUUUAGUAUUGUUAUCGCUCAACCAAAAUGAAAAGAAACACUAAUUCGAGGCCCUAAAGACAGAACCCCUCACGGUUCUUCUACUUCUUGUCCUUUUAUGUAACUCCCCCCACAUGCAAAUCCACACACACCCACGUGCUUCACUUCUGGGUCUCAAUGUCCGAGCUUUCUUCUCUCUGUCUUGGUUGCAGAUAAGUACUUGAUCUUCAAGUCCAAACCCUAAUCAGAUACACAGAACUUCUCAGAGUAUCUGAUCUUUACGCUGAUCUUGCCGGCUGGUCUGACAAAACGUCUCGCCUCUAACCAUAAACCAGAAAACAUCUACAAUCACUUUAACUUAACACCCAGAUCUCCAUUCCAUCUAAGCCAUUACAGAAGUGAGAGAGUUUGGUCUCGGAAAUGGAGGAAAAGGCGGUAAGAAGAAGGGUAGUUUUAGUUCCACUCCCAGCACAAGGGCACAUAUCUCCGAUGAUGCAACUGGCUAAAGCCCUUCACUUGAAGGGUUUCUCCAUCACAGUUGCUCAGAUCGAGUCCAAUCCCCUGACCGUUUCAGAUGCUGAUGAUUUCCCCCAUUUCCGGUUCGUAACAAUACCGACCAGCUUACCGGAACCUGAACUCAAGAUUGUCGGGCUGGUUGAGUUUCUGACGAAACUCAACGAAAUCUGUGCGGUCAGUUUCAAGGAAUGUUUGAGCAAAUUGUUGCAACAGCAGCAAGGUGAUGAUGAUGGCAUCCCAUCAUGUGUCAUCUAUGAUGAGUACAUGUACUUCUCUGGAGCUGUUUCUAAGGAACUAAAGAUUCCGAGUAUCGUCUUCAGCACUACCAAUGCCACAGCUUUCAUCUGCCGCUCUGCACAAGGGAGAAACAACACAAAUGAGUUCUUGGCUCCCUUGAGAGAGCCCGGGGGUCAAGACAAGCUGGUACCAGGGUUUCAUCCCCUCAGGUACAAGGACCUUCCAACUUCUGCAUUUGCACCAUUAGAGAGCUUAAUGAAGCUGUACGCGAAUGCAGCCCAAAAAAGAACAGCUUCUGCUGUUAUAAUCAACACGGCAAGCUGCCUUGAGAGCUCGUCUCUGUCAAGGCUGGAACAAGACUUGCAAGCUCCAGUUUAUCCGGUUGGCCCUCUUCACAUGGCGGCUUCAGCAUCUUGUAGCCUGCUGGAAGAAGACAGGAGCUGCAUUGAAUGGUUGAACAAACAGAAACCAAGCUCAGUCAUAUACAUAAGUUUGGGAAGCCUGGCUUUAAUGGAACACAAGGAUAUGAUGGAGAUGGCUUGGGGAUUGGCUAACAGUAACCAGCCUUUCUUGUGGGUAAUCAGACCAGGUUCCAUCUCCGGUUCAGAGUGGGCAGAGUCAUUGCCUGAAGAGUUCAGUAGAAUUGUUUCUGAGAGAGGGCACAUUGUGAAAUGGGCACCACAGAAAGAGGUACUCUCCCAUUCUGCAGUAGGAUGCUUUUGGAGCCAUUGUGGAUGGAACUCAACAUUAGAGAGCAUAGGAGAAGGAAUUCCAUUGAUAUGUAGGCCAUUUUCAGGGGAUCAAAAGGUGAACGCUAGGUACUUAGACAGAAUUUGGAGAGUAGGGAUUCAACUAGAGGGUGAGUUGGAGAGAGGAGGUGUUGAGAAAGCUCUGAGAAGGUUAAUGGUGAAUGAAGAAGGGGCGGCUAUGAAGGAGAGAGCCCUGUGUUUGAAAGAGAAACUAAAAGCCUCCGUUAAACCCGGAGGCACCUCCCACAACGCAUUAGAUGAGCUUGUUAGUUUCAUCAAGACACUGCAAUACAAAUAGUUCCUUGUCACUUCCCCAUAUCUUUUAGUGAAACAAAAGGUGGAGCCUCUGUUGAAAAAGAGGUUUUUUCAGACAGCAUAAGAGGUCUUU